CUGAAGUCACUAAAUUUCGCCGGCAAAGAUUCGAACUUUGCCAAAUGAUGCAAGCAGCAGCGGCGGCGUCGAAUGUUCCGGUGAUAUGGAAUCUCUCGCUGCGUGGGUCAUCCUCCAAAGUCCAUAUACUGAACCCUAAGAAUCAAAAGUGUCACGCUCUUCACUGUUUGAGAUCAGAAGGGCAUGAAGAUUUGGAGAAUUCUCAGGAAAAUAUUGGACUACCUUCUGUUACAAAAGAAGCAAAACAAAAGGAUAUAUGGAACCUUUUUAGAGAAGCUCAACAAAAUAUCCUGUUCUUAAACAAGCAACGCGUAGCUGCAGUUGAGGAGCUGGAGAAGCUGAAGAAGGAGAAAUAUGAAUUAUUAGAAAGGAUAAACCAGUUGGAGGAAGAAAGUCAGAUUGUUAUCAAGAAAGAUAAGUCGUCUCUAUUAUGGGAGCUGCUUCUCCAUAUUGAUGCUAUGGUGAUCAAUGGAUUAAUGAACAUUGAAGAAGCUUCAUCCAUGAGGAAAUUGAUUAAGGAGCAUGAAGUGAACAUCUCCGAGUUUCCCCUUGAUGUCCUGCAACAAGGAGAUGCCAAAAUUCUAGCAGAGCUCAGACGGUUCCCACAUAAAAUCAAAAGGAAUGGUCUCCAUGUGAUUCAUAUAUGCACCGAAAUGGCUCCACUAGUUUCUGUUGGACCUUUGGCCUCAUAUAUCACAGGACUCGCUUCUGCACUCCAAGGAAAGGGCUACUUGGUUGAAGUUAUAUUGCCAAAAUAUUCUACACUUGAUUUGGACGAAAUUGAAGGGCUCCGGGAAAUCGAAGCUGAUGCAUAUUCUUAUUUUAAUGGUCAGCUGCAUGCAAACCGAAUAUGGAAUGGAGUUGUCUCUGGAAUAGGAGUGACGCUUAUUCAACCACUGUAUUACUCGUCAAUGUUUAGCCGUGACAAAGUAUAUGGCUAUACGGACGAUUUUGAUAGGUUUGCAUACUUCUCUCGUGCUUCAUUGGAUUACAUUGCAAAGUCUGGAAAGCAGCCUGAUGUGUUACAUAUUCACAACUGGCAAACUGCAAUAGUUGGACCUCUGUUUUGGGAUGUUUUCGUAAACCAGGGACUUGAAGGUACUAGAAUACUCUUGACGUGCCAAGACUUUGAUAAGGGUCUUGCGCCUCCUGAAAAAUUGGAGCUAUGUGGGCUAGAUCCAGCUGAGCUACAUCGUCUUGAUCGCUUACAAGAUAACAAAAACCCACAUUUUGUAAAUAUUUUGAAGGGUGGUGUGGUCUACUCCAACAAAGUUGUAAUAAUGUCAUCCUCACGUAGCUCAAUCCCUGGUCUCGAACCAACAUUAGCCAUUCACAAGGACAAGUUGGUUUUAUCUCCGUUUGGACUGGAAAACCCAAUGGAGAAAGACUUGUGUUGUGACCUUCACGUCUCUGCAUAUACUUCCAUCAAGAACCUCUGAAACUAGUAAGAAACAAGAUGGUGAACAUAUUACAUUAUUUAUCAUAUUUUUCACACAAAUAAAAUUAAACUAUUGUGUACAUUGUCAAGAGGCCAAGUAAGAAAAUUGUUGUGUCCAUGUGUUUAGUCAAAUCGGUUGUAUCUUUGAUUUGUUUUUCCAACUAACAUUUUGACUCCUGAGUGAAUUACAAAUAGGUUUUAAUUAUUUUUUUA